UGUAUACAGGAGUAUUGACUGUGACGAUUUGUGGCAGAAAUUCAUCAAAGGAGUACAAUUUCAAUCCAAAUGCAAUUUCACUCAAAACAGCUACGACGAUUUUCUACGUACAAGUGAACAUAAUAUUCCAGAAAACAAGGUUAUGUUUUGGUCAGGAGUAUAUUCCCUUGUCAUGCGUUAUAGCAAUAAAGGUCGACGAUUUUUCACUAUUGCAGACACUUUAACAGGGUAUUUACUGGACAAUAUGAUAUGGUGUGGUAAUGCAACAGAAUCGGACGGAAUUGAGAAAGAUUUGGAAACCUGUCCAGGAUUUCGUACAAGUUCUCAGUGUUCACAAACUGCCGCAACAGUAUUUUGGUCUGCAGCCUCGCAAAAUUUUGCAAGACUUGCAGAGGGUAAUAUCCAUGUCAUGAUCAAUGCAAGUAGAACGCCAGCAUUUCGGAACGAUUCGUACUUUACUACGCAAGAACUACCAAAUAUUAAUGCAACAAAAGUAAAGAAAGUAACAAUACUAAUGGUGCGUUAUAUGAGGGAUCCAUUACUGGAAACAUGCUUCAGUGAUUCAAUUAUUGAUUUGAGAGCUAGAUUUCAAGCAAAAGGAAUAUCUGCUGCAUGUUUGGAUAAUCCCAGGGAUGUUGACUUCUUACAAUGUGCUGAUGAUCCAGGACAAUCAGGGUGUCAACAAUUACUAUCUACAUCGACAGCAGCUAAUCUGACAUGGAUGAAAUCCCAUUCUUAUGUCUUGUUUUUAAUAUGUAUUAUAGUUAUGUUAAAUUAAUAUACAUAUCUCAUUAUCACCUUUUAUAACGAUUUGGUAAUAACUUUUCUAUUGUAUUAAUUUUCUGUACAUAUAUUUACUGAAUAUUUAGUGUAUAGGACAAUUUGUAAGUUGCUUAUUGUUUUUUAAGUGAUACGAAUUAAUUGUAAAAGGGAUUGAUAUACUAUUUGUUCUGAUAUCAUUGAACAUUGUUCAAAAACAAGCGUUUGUGUUUUUGUUUGUAUAGUUUUUUAUGUUUUUAUAUACAAACUCAUCAUAGAUUGUUGAUGUUGUAAAUAGCCGGAUGUAAUAGCUUCUUAAAGCUCAUGUUGCUUUUUGUAAUGUAACUAUAUAUAUAUGCCAAUGUAUAUACAAUUUACUUACUUUAAUAUUAAU